CGGCGGCGGCGGCCAGAGAGAGCGCGCGCGGGGCCUCCCUCUGGCUGGCAAGGAAAAGGGCGAGAGGAGCGGAAGGACGUUGCAAGAGCAAGAAGAGGCCGGGCGCGCGCCUGCCUCUACAGUUACCCUUUCCCCGUGACCCGGAAGUGGAAGGCGGAGAAAGGCGUUGCGCAAGGGGCGGGCGGAAGGCGGAAGUGGAGAAUCGUCGCCAAGGAAGGGAGAGAGGGAGGGAGAGAGGGGAAAGUCCGAAGAGGCGGCGGCGCCCGCAGGAGCAACGGCAGCGCCCCCUCUCGUUGCCAAGGCGACGGGAUCAGGAAGAAGAGCUGACAAUGGCUGUAACCUAGCCUUCCUCAAGGCCGGAGCCCUUCUGGAACACAGACGCCAUGGAGAACCUCAGACCUGGCAGCGGAGGUCCAGCUGAACCGGAGCCAGAGGAUCCCGACUUGGGCGCUGUUAGCCCUACUGGGGCUGACUUCUUGGACGGUGCAGAUGCAGGAAGUGGUGCUUUUGCUGGGGACAGAGCCUCCCCAACAUACUGCAGUUGCCCAGCCCCCCUUGGCCAAGACGGGCUUGUUUUGGAAGCAGCGGAGUUUUGUGGCAUGGCUCCUCAAAGUGCUGAAAUUUCAGGUGCGGUGGAAAGCGGUCAGGAGAGCGAAAUUGUUUGGAACGGAAGCUCCGAUCAAGACGACAGCAGCUUGCACUUUACUGGCUACAACAGCCCUAGCAAUGAACCUGGCUCUUGUAAUUGUCAGGGAGAUGUCUCUGAUCUCUCUGCAGUGUAUCCCGAGAAGGAGACGGACUUAUGUGACUCCACCUGCCAGCACUGGUGUCCGGGCAAUGUGGAGGAGGACACGUCAAAGCAACUCUUAGGCCAGGAAGAAGAGGCUGAAGAUGGCAUGGCAGCAAAGGCCAAGGAGGACCUCCCUGACUGCACUCGGGCUUCUAGUGGAAGGAAGGUUGCCCGGCAGCAAAGGCACCGUUCUACUGCCAAAGACAAGGGAGAAGGGCGCUUUGCACUAUCUGGGGGGAAACACAGGCAGGCUAGGAAGAAAUACGACGGUGGGCGUCACCAUGUCCGGACCGAGCUGUUGAAACAUCUGGAGAGAGUGGCUUCAUUCUGCAUCUCCUGCUUCAAACUCUUUAUCAGCCUGAUUGUGCAGGUCACCCACAGGUGUGGUGAAGGUGUAGAGGCCAGUGGAAAGCUACUGUACUCUUGCUGCUCAUUCAGCCCACGGGACCUAGACAGCAUGAGAAGCAGCAUGCAGACUUGGAUCCAGCAUGCUGGGUUUAAUUGCAGAAAAUUGACACAACAGCUGGGCUUGUGGGUGACCCUGACUUAUCGCCUGCUUAAGAUGCUAUGUGCUGUCCUCUUCCUGGUGCUUAUGCUGCUCCUGGGUAGCCUAAGACUCUGUUGGCGGGUCUCCAAAUCAGCCCUGCUCAGUCUCCUGGGUAGAUUGGCUCACAGCAGCCAUGGAGCAUGGCUUCUUUCUGCCAUCAACCUAUCCCUCAUUUGGGCCCGCUUCAAAGACAGCAGGACUUGCAAGUGGGUGGCAAGCCUGCUGCUUAAAUGGUAUGCCCUCCUUUGGAUGCCUAAAAGAUUAAGGAACACUCAGGCAGAGGACACUACGUACAGUGGGUCUCCUAGUGGAUCUGGACCCUACCAGCCUGGAGAAGAGGUGGCACGUUUGCUGGCGAUGGCACAUAUCCCUGAGGAAGAGCUUAAUCCUUUCCAGGUGUUGGGCUUGGAGUUAACAGCAUCAGAUGCAGAGCUGAAAAAGGCCUAUCGGCAUUUGGCAGUACUGGUUCAUCCAGACAAGAAUAAGCAUCCACGAGCAGAAGAGGCCUUCAAGGUACUGCGGGCAGCAUGGGAUAUCGUCAGCAACCCUGAGAGGAGGAAGGAAUAUGAAAUAAAGCGCAUGGCAGAAACAGAGCUCACAAAGUCAAUGAACGAAUUCCUUUCCAAACUUCAGGAUGACCUGAAAGAAGCCAUGAACACAAUGAUGUGUAACAAAUGUCAGGGGAAGCACAAGAGGUUUGAGAUGGAUCGUGACCCAUUGAAUGCCCGCUACUGUGCAGAAUGUAGCAAGCUUCAUGCAGCUGAAGAAGGUGACUUUUGGGCAGAAUCUAGCAUGUUAGGACUGAAAAUCACAUACUUUGCCAUGAUGGAUGGAAAGGUUUAUGAUAUCACAGAAUGGGCUGGCUGCCAACGUGUGGGAAUUUCUCCAGACACACAUCGUGUUCCAUAUCAUAUAUCUUUUGGAGCAAGGGGUUCAGGAGGACGCCAGAGAGCUACUCCAGAAGGCAAUCCUGCUUCAGCUGCAGAACUACAGGACUUCUUCAACCGCAUCUUCCAAGGGAACCAUGGCCAGAUGCCAAAUGGGAACUUUUUCAGCACACCCCAGCCUCCAUCCCCAGGGAGUGUGCCAACCCCUCCUGCUCCACCAUCAAAGGUGGAUAGUACCUCACAGAAAGGGGAUUCAAAGCAGAAACGGCGGAAAAAAGUGCGACGUCCCUUUCAGCGUUGAGACCAAGACUUUGUGGGCAUAAAAUCUCCCAGGCCUGCCUGAAUCUCCCAAGCUUUUUGUCAAAUAGCAAAAGGGCUGUUCCAAAAUGGAAAAAAAAAACCAGUGUAUUCUUAAUGUCAGAAAUCUGGGCUAAUCUGUAAUUCAGUAACUAUAAACUGGAAAAUGACAUUCCCCUUUCCACUGUAGUUGACGACACGGAUCUCAUGAUACCAAAGAACUCCAAACGAUGGCUUCCUGGAAGUGUCGUCAUGAAGACAGGGGUGGCCAGCUGUUGGAUGGUGAUGAUCCAGACUGUAUUGAGCCGUGGCAUCUUCUAUAUGAUGACUUUAUCAAUCAGAUGCUUUUAUAAUUGUCUGGCAUUCCCUUCUUUAGCAAGGGUAUGGCUGCCACCAACAUUUGUAGCUGUUUACUUCACUUUCGUCCACAAGGAUGCUUGGACUGGAAACUGUUGUACUCUAUGUGAGCUGUUGUCAGAAGUAUCUAAGCUCACAGAGUAAAGCUGAGUCUAAAAAGACUUGACUUUGCCUGUGCUAAUGUUGAAGAUGUGCAGGAAAGAAUCCCCAUGUCAUUGUUGUGAAGAUCAGCAAUUACCUUCUUGCCUCAUAUGGAUGUUUGGUCCAACUAUUAGAGGGAGUGAAAGGACUCUUCACCAUGCCUAUAGCAUCCUUGUUGGAAAAUAUUAAUUCAUUGCCUAACUCCAAACUUAGUAAAGUUAGGAGGAGAUGAAGAUGCAUCCUAGUUGUUAUUACAGGGGUUGCACAGAUGUAGUGCAGAUACUCAGGAUUAUGUCAAGCAGGUUUUUUGCUCCUACUUUUGAGUUCCAAAUGUUCUGUUGGCUCUGUUGUAAAACUACUGAGAGGAGGUGUUCUGCACCACCCCGUGUUUAAAGACAACUGGCCAUUUCUGGCUCUGAAUGCAGUGACUUUUAGAGAAAUCCAAAUCCUUGUCUAAGGUGCUUGGUUUGCUCUUGCCUGAUCCUGACAAGCACUUAUGAUUUAUCUCUGCUGUUUCAGGACUGUGGUCAGACCAGUUAAAACAAAACUGGUGAAUUAGACCUCAAAAUUUGACAUGGAUGGUUAGCUCCUUAACUGUCCAACCUGUUUUAUUGAAGGUUACUUUUUUAAAAGUUCAUAUUUGUAUGUAUAUACAUAUAUUUAAUACCAUCUGUAUUCCCCUUUCUAGAAAUACAUAUAAAUGACUUGGAGUA